AUGUCGGAAAAGUCGACGUUCCUCUCGCCAUCCAUGUCGCCGUCCUCGUCCUCGUCCGGCGGCAACGCGCCGCCACCAUAUCGCUUCCACCAGCUGCCCCAGACGCCCACCGGGUCCCGCACCCCUUCGCGGCCAGGCUCGCCCCCGCAUGGCGGCAGCGUCCCUAGCCCGGGCGGCGUCCCGGGCACCUUUGUGCUCAACCUCGGCAAGUACGGCGGCUUCUACGUCAUCCGGAUACCGACGUCCCUCCAGCGCGUGCUCGGCCUCUUGCUGCGGAGGUGGAAGACACUCGUCUUUGUAGCGCUCUUUGGCACCCUCGCUGCCUUUGGUAUCUUUGGCGCCAUGUCGACCGAGUGGCGCGAGAUGACCUACUACCGCGUCGACCCGUACCCGAUCAUCUCGCAUGGCAUGAAGCCGGGGGCGUCGAGCCCGUUUCGCUCGGCGGCGCCGCAGCGGCCCAUUGUCCCUCCCAAGUUCUCGGCAUGCCUCGGUCCCAAGGGCGUGCCCGUCCCGCGCGCGCCCCUCGAGACCUACGACACGCCCGACAGCCACCCCAUCCCGCUGGUGGGCAGCUACGAGGCCGCCGGCAUGGACCCGACCAAGUGCAUGACCUACCGCGCCCGCUACGAGAUGUAUACCGACGAUGCGCUCGGCAUCACCUACCGCAAGGACCCCGAGGAGAUCGAGGACCUGCUGACGCAGCUCGACGACUACGACGACGAUCCGGACAAUGUCAAGCCGAUCAAGAAGGCCAAGUCCAAGGCCAGCGCCGACGGCAGCGACGACGGCGAGGUCGAUUCUGCCUCGGACGGUGCCGGCGAAGCGGACGGCUCGGCGGCCUCGCAGCAGGCCUUUGGCGCCAAGUCGCAGAGCGGCGACAAGCCGAAGCGGCAGAAGAAGAAGAAGGUUGACCCGCUCUACGGGCCCGAGAAGCCGGCGGGCAUGAGCGAGGGCGACUGGGAGCGCCACCUGCGCGACCGGCUGUGGCGGGCCAACCUGCAAAGCGAGGAGCUCGGCCCCAGCAGCUACCCGGACUGGAAGGCGCUGAUGGACGCCUGCUAUGAAAAGCGCACCCACGACCGCGGCAUGGCCGGCGGCGUCGACCGCUUCGACCCGCACUCGAGCGUCGUUGGAGGCGAUGACGACGAGGGCAGCAGCGGCGGCGGCGGCGGCGAUAGCAGCAGCAGCGGCGGCAGUGGAAGCAACAAGCGCAAGCACCACCGCACCACGCCCGAGACCAAGCGGACCGCCCUAGUGAUGCGCGCCUACGAGGGCUACCCGUGGCGCGAGGACGACAUCCUCAACAUGCGCGCGCUCAUCAGCGAGCUGUCGCUCAACAACCCCAACACGCCCUACGACAUCCGCAUCCUGGUCGAGGUCCACGGCCGCCACCUGGCCGUGUUCACGUCGGAGUGGGACCGCCUCAACGUGCUCCGCUCGAGCGUGCCGCGCGAGUUCUGGGGCAUGGUCGAGCUGUGGACCGAGGACGAGAUGUGCGCCCUCUACCCGGGCCUGCCCGGCAAGUUCCUCAACCACAUGAUUGCCCAGAGCUCGUACCGCUCGUGCCUGAUGGCGCUGCAGAAGUUCUACCUCGACCACCAGGAGUACGACUUUAUCUACAACUGGGAGAUGGACGUGCGGUACGUCGGCAACUACCUCGACUUUUUCGAGGGGAUCGAGGAAUACUCGCGCAACGAGCCGCUCCACGUCGGGAUGGACAAGUACGACACGUGGCUGGUGCCCAACGUGACCGUGUCCGAGGACAACUGGGCCGACAACAAGACCCUCACGCGCGGGCGGGGUCAGGAGGCCGACCUGAUCACGCUCGGCCCCAUCUUUGACCCGCGCGGCUCCGGCUGGUACUGGGAGUACGACGUGCAGAACUACCCGCCGGGCCAGGACACGGACCGGCGCGCGUCGAUCGGCACCAACAUGCGGAUGAGCCGCCACCUGCUCGAGGCCAUGAAUGUGGUCAACGCCGAGGCCAAAAAGUCGCUCCACUGCGAGGCGUGGCCGACGACGCUGGUGCUCCACUCGCAGCUGCCCACGUCGCACGCCCACUCGUUCUACCCCGAGGCCGGCUUCACCCACAACCUGCCGCUACCGUACAAGGGCGUCUUUGUCCCGCACCCGGUCUACUUCCGCCACUUCUGGGACCCCGAAGUGCUCCACAGCCGCAUCAACCGGCCCGAUUUCUACAAGAAGAUCAACGAGCGCGUGAUGCGCGACAGCUCGUUCUACUACGACGGCAAGCACAGCAAGGAGGUCUACAUGGGCUGGAAGGAAAAGGAGAACGUGUGCCGCGCGCCGAUGCUCCUCCAUCCGAUCAAGCGAGUGAACUGA